GCACAAAAAGAAGCACCCAUAGUUUUGGGCUAACACGUGAGGCCUCCCCAUACUCUUCAUUCUUCACUCUUCACUCUUCACUCCCAACCCUAGCCAAACGCAAACCAUUCAUUCAUUCAGUUCAGUAACUCACCUCACCAUGGCCGCAUCCAUUACAUUGUCCAGGCUCGUCUCUUCCACCCUCACCACUGCCUCUUUCUUCCCACCCAUAACCCUGCCUUCCAAACUCUCCUCUCUCCGACUCCCCACCCGCCGCCACCCCAAGCCACUCAGAUUCUCCUCCUCCACCAUCACCGCCACCAUCUCCGUCGGCGACAAGCUCCCGGAGGCCACCUUCUCCUACCUGGACUCGUCCGGCGAGGUGCAGACGACGACGGUGUCGGAACUGACGAAGGGGAAGAAGGCGGUGCUGUUCGCGGUCCCCGGCGCUUUCACCCCCACGUGCUCGCAGAAGCACGUGCCGGGCUUCGUGGAGAAAUCGGGGGAGCUGAGGGCGAAGGGGAUCGACACAAUCGCAUGCAUUUCGGUCAACGACGCCUUCGUCAUGAAGGCAUGGAAGGAGGACCUCAAGGUCAACGAGGAAGUCCUCCUGUUAUCUGACGGUAACGGAACCUUCACCAAAGCCAUUGGGGUCGAACUUGAUCUCAGCGACAAGCCCGUUGGUUUGGGCGUUAGGUCUAGGCGUUACGCGCUUUUGGCCGAGGAUGGGGUUGUCAAGCUCUUCAAUUUGGAGGAAGGGGGUGCCUUCACUUUCAGCGGCGCUCAGGACAUCCUUGAUGUUCUUUGAAUUAUUCUUCCUCUUUCGUUUAUUCCACACUCCAGUUACUACUCUUUUCAAUCCGGUUAGGGUUUCUUUCCUCUCAUAAUAACGUGGAUGGAUUAAUUGGACCUCAGUGCUGUUACUGUUACCUGUGCCUAUAAUAAUGAAACUCAUGUGCUGGUGUUGAGCUUUUGUGGCCAUUUGUUUGGCAUUUUCAGGACCUUGUGUAAAGUUUAUCAAUUUUGGACUUCCUAGAUCCUCUUCUGUUGGACAGGUAGGAUUUACUCUGCAGUGACGCCUUUAAUGAUCGUUAUGCUUUGACUUGUCU